AUGGAAACAGGAACAACAAAGAUGUCUAAGAAAUCAUACAGUCUUGAAACUGAAUUAGUCUUCAGUAAAUCUGGAGAUCAAUACAAUGCUUCAGUAGCUCCAUUAUAUCAAUCAGCAACAUUUAAACAAGAAUCAUUAUCAAAUAUGGGAGAAUAUGAUUAUACAAGAUCAGGUAACCCCACUAGAACUCAUUUACAAAACCAUUUAGCUAAGAUUAUGAAAGCUACUCAUGCAUUUGCUGUAACUUCUGGUAUGGGAUGUCUUGAUGUUAUUACCAGAUUAUUAAAACCAGGAGAUGAAGUUAUUGCUGGUGAUGAUUUAUAUGGUGGUACUCAUAGAUUAUUAACAUAUUUAAAUAAAAAGGGGGAUUUAAUUGCUCAUCAUUAUGAUACUACAAAUACAGAAUUAAUUAAAUCAAAAAUAAACUCAAAAACAAGAAUGAUCUUUUUAGAAUCUCCAACUAAUCCAUUAAUUAAAGUAGUUGAUGUUAAAUCAAUUGCUGAACAUGCACACAAAGUUAAUCCUAAUACAAUUGUAGUAUUUGAUAAUACUAUGAUGUCUCCAGUAUUAAUGACUCCUUUGGAUUUAGGUGUUGAUAUUCAAUAUGAAUCAGCUACUAAAUAUCUUAAUGGACAUCAUGAUAUUAUGGCGGGUGUAAUUGCAACUAGAUCACCAGAAUUAGCUGAUCAAUUAUAUUAUGUAAUCAAUUCUACAGGAUGUGGGUUAUCACCAUUUGAUUCUUGGUUAUUAAGUAGAGGAUUAAGAACAUUAGCAAUUAGAGUUGAAAGACAACAAGAAAAUUGUGUUCGUAUUGCCAAGUUUUUAGAACAGAUUGGAUUUAAAGUAAGAUAUCCAGGAUUAAAAUCCCAUCCCCAAUAUGCAUUACAUAGUUCGAUGUGUAGAGGAUUUGGUGCUGUUUUAAGUUUUGAAACUGGUAGUAUUAAAUUAUCAGAAAAGAUUGUGGAAAGUACUGAAAUAUUUGGAAUUGCUGUAUCAUUUGGUUGUGUUAAUUCAUUAAUCUCAAUGCCAUGUAAGAUGUCACAUGCUUCAAUUGAUGCAAAGACAAGAGAAGAAAGAGAAUUCCCUGAAGAUUUGAUUAGAUUAUGUAUUGGAAUUGAGAAUUGUGAUGAUUUAAUUGAUGAUUUAACUAAAGCUUUAUUAAAGAGUGGUGCAGUAAGAAUAAAUGCAAAAGAUGAAUUAUUUAAUGCUGUUGGACUUCAACCUAAAUUGUAG